GUGGUAUUUUGAGAGAUAGGACGAAGAAAUAGCCCUUUAAAACACCGUUAUUCAUAUUCAAUGUAUUUUGAAUCCCUUAAGCAUUGGACAACGGAGCUAGAUAGCGUUUGUUUGAGCAGAUUCUUUUAAACUGUUAAGGGAAAAUUUGUCGGGAUGACUGAUAGUGCCAAUAAGGAAGCUCCUUCAGAACACAUUAAUAUCAAAGUGCAAGGACAAGAAGGGUCAAUUAUUCACUUCAAGAUACGGAAAAGCACACCUUUCAAGAAAUUGAUUACUGCUUACUGCGAUCGAUUAGGCGUUAAUCAGUCUGCUGUGCGGUUUUUUUUCGAUGGAAAUAGCGUUCAUGAAACUGAUACUCCUGGCUCGUUGGAAAUGGAAGAAAAUGAUACCGUUGAGGUUUUCCAGGCACAAACUGGUGGAUUGUAACUAAAGAUUGCCCUCCCAGAACUAUGUAUACAUUUCCCUGUUGUCUAUGUGACAUCCAUAGAUGAUGGCUUGUCAAAUUUUCAGCUACGCAUUUUCUUUAAUAUUAUAAUUCUUGAAGAUGUUUCA